CGGCUCCUAUCUCACUGCGGCGCUUGGGGUGAUUAACCCCUGCUUAGGUCAGUUUGUUCCGCUACAGAGUAGUUGCUAUAGACUAGGUACAGGAGGGGAUCCCUUGGAUUAUUCUGCUAAUCAUCCCAGCCGGAUACAAUUGAGAUCAUGUCCUCAGACCGCUCCCCCUCAGGGCCUAAUCCCCCACCACCAUCGGGGGACCCCGGUUUGCCAGCCAUGAGCACACAGGCCCUGGAGCUACAACGCUCAGUGUCUAGUGCCAUUAUAGAGGCCAUGGGCUCCAUGUCCUCAAUCAUCUCUCAGACCAUAUCUCAGGCCUUAUCUGCCCAUGCUCCGGGCCCCUCUAAUUUAAUGCCUGCACCCAAUAACCCGCAGCCUGCCAUUGAACCUCCUGCCCAGGAGAAUUUGAUCGGUGUGAUCCAAGCCACCCAGGAGAGCGCGCUUAGAUCGCGCAAAAGAGCCUUGCCGCGCCAGGCAGAAAGGGCGCGAACGUGGAAAAGUGCUAGAGCACUAACUUAUGAUAUAGAUUCUGAGAACGAAUCUGACAUGGAGGCUAAUGCGGAGGCAGAUGACCACUCUGAUGGAGAGUUGGAAACGGAACAGGAGUUUCCAGGUACCUCAGGCCCUAGGCCGUCCACAUCUGGGUCCGUGGGCGCAUCCACCUCUGCCCCCAACACGGCUUCUAGCCUGGUGGAUCCCUCUGGCAACCCAUUAUUUGACCCUGAUGCCCUCCACCACCCUAGGUCGGCGGAGUGGAUGCCUGUAGCUCAUGUGAGCGACUACCUGGAGCAUUGGGUGCGCCGUCCUCUUAGCAAAGAGGCGCGCAGUAAGCUCCGUGCGGAAUGCCCCAGACCAUUAAUCCCAAACAAGGUCUGCGAAACGCCAGCUGUGGAUCAAAAGAUGACGCAGUUUUUGGCCAAAACCGGCUGGAAUCCCCGUAAGGGGCUUGAUUCCGCUAUUAAGAGUUGUCAGGACAAGCUCCUCGACAUUUUUGGCCCCCUAGCCCAAAUUUUUGAGAUGGCCGAAUCGGCCAAAGUGGACGGCUCUCCGGUUGACCCGGAGGAGCUUACUGGCUGGAUUCAAAGAGCCAUUUGCAUUGCGGGCAGCACUAACUCCUCCCUGUCCAUUGAAAGGCGUAAAGCCAUCCUUUUUAAAAUCGACCCAAAAUUGGCCAACUUGGCCCUCACCGAGACAGGGAAGGAGGCUCAGGGUCAACUGUUCGGGGAUUCCUUCAUUAAGGACCUCAGCAGGUACGUUGGAGCGUUUACAGCUUUGGACAAGGCCCAGUCAUCCAUGAAAAGGGUAUUUCAGGGACGGGUCUCCACUAGGGCCGGCAGUGGUAGGGGCCGUCUGUCCGGCCGAUCCAGUUAUCAAGCCCGCAGCUCGGGCAGAGGCUCCUUCAACCAGAGGCCUCCUUUCCAGGACCAAAGGAAUCCCCCCUCAUUCUUCCCGGCCAGAGGCGGCCAAUGGCGUUCCAGGUCGGUCAGAGGGAAUCCGAGCUACAGAAAAUCUUUCGGUAAGUCUUUCCCCAGUGGGGACUUCUUCCACCCCUCGCGUAGGGGGCAGACUCCGUCUAUGUUCCCACGUCUGGUCCAAAAUCACAUCAGACCCAUGGGUGCUGGCCACUGUGCAGGGGUUCCACAUAGAACUUACGGGUUCCCCAGAUUUCGGCCUUUCUCCCCCGCCCCUGGCGCUACCGGACAGGGAGCUAGUGGACAUAGAGCUUUUUUUUUCCCUCUUGCACAAGGGUGCGAUAGAAAGGGCCCCUCCUACCCGAUGGGGCGUUCUCAGCCACAUUUUUCUAGUUCAGAAAAAAGGGGGUCAAUUCCGUCCGGUCAUAAAUCUCCGGGCUCUGAACUCUGUGGUGCGCUACCGCCACUUCAAGAUGGAGGGGAUUCACCUCCUUCGGGACUUGCUGAUUCCAGGGGACUGGAUGGUGAAGCUGGAUCUCAAAGAUGCCUAUCUGACGGUUCCGGUGGCCUCCUCCUCCAGGGACCUUCUUCGCUUCCUGUGGAAGGGCGAAGUGUGGCGCUCCCAGUCAUGGCCUGGCUGCGGAGUCGGGGGGUGCGUCUUGUCAUAUACUUGGACGACAUCCUCAUUAUGCACCAGGAUCGGCAGUCUCUGCUACAACACCUCCAGUGGACCUCGGAUCUGCUGACGAGUCUGGGUUUUCUACUCAAUCUCGAGAAAUCCUGCCUCACGCCGUCUCGGCGUAUGGAGUUUCUGGGCUUCACGGUGGACUCUGUCGCGGAAUCCCUCAGUCUUCCGGCGGAGAAGUUGCGGACGAUACGCAAGGAGUUGAGACAUGCUCUCUCGACUCCCUCCCUAUCACUACGCCAUCUGGCUCGCAUCAUUGGACUAUUAGCCUCCUCUAUCCAGGCAGUCUUUCCCGCUCCACUCCAUUAUCGGGCUUUACAGCGUCUGAAGAUCGCCCACCUCCGUGCCGGGGCCUCAUUUGCAGACGCGGUGAUUCUGGAUCAGGAAGCUCGGGAGGAACUCCGUUGGUGGUUGAGCAAUUUGGAAGCCUGGAACGGCAGAGCAAUUUUCGGAUUCCAACCGGAAUUCACGGUGGAAUCGGACGCGAGUCUCCAGGGCUGGGGGGCCCAUUGCGAGGGUGUCUCCACUGGCGGUCGAUGGUCGGAGUCCGAGACCCGUUUCCACAUCAACGCUCUGGAACUUCUAGCGGGUUCGUUUGCCAUCAGGAGUUUCACCAAGGGCAUUGCUCAUGCAUGCAUCCGUCUACGCAUGGACAACGUGUCGGCGGUCCGUUACGUCAAUCAUCUAGGCGGCACUCAAUCGGCCACCUUGGCCCGACUGGCGAAGGAUUUCUGGUCCUACUGUCUGUCCAGGGACAUCAUGGUUCAGGCGGAGUACCUUCCGGGUCUCCACAACUACCGAGCGGAUUGGAGCUCCCGAUGCUUCACGGACGGCAGCGACUGGAGGUUGAAUCCGGAGAUGUUCUCCAUGAUCUCGGACAUCUGGGGUCCUUGUUCCAUAGACCUCUUCGCGUCCCGUCUCAACGCUCACCUGCCCAGGUUCUUCAGCUGGCGUCCGGAUCCGGAGGCAGAGGCGGUGGAUGCGUUUCUCCAGGACUGGUCUGCAGCCCUACAUUACGCAUUUCCGCCGUUCGCCAUGAUUCCGAGGAUGCUGCUACAGACUCGUCGUCAGGCGGCGGAAUUGGUGGUGGUGAUUCCCUUCUGGGGGUCUCAAGCCUGGUACCCGAUUAUCCUGGAACUCCUGGUGGAUGUACCUCUCCUACUCCCGACGCGGACGGAUCUCCUCCAGGACCCGCUGGGUGCCCCACAUCCUCUCCUGGUCGACGGAUCCCUUCAACUUCUGGCAUGCCGAAUCUCAGGACUCCAGGCGAGGUCGAGGGAGUUUCGGAGGCAACUAGACGCCUCCUGGACAACGCUUGGGCUCCCGGCACCCGAAAAUCUUACCGGGCAGCUUGGGGGUCUUGGGUUGGCUGGUGCAUGGAACGGGACCUGGAUCCCGUUUCGACGUCUGUGACCCAUUUAUUGCAAUUUCUGACGUCUCUUUUUGAAGCAGGGAAAGCUUAUCGGACAAUCAAUUUGUUCCGUUCCGCGAUUUCCUCGACUCAUCAGGGUUUUGAUGGCGUUCCUGCUGGUCAA